GGCGGCUGAUGCGUUGAAGGGGGAGGGGCUAGGAGGGGGAUGCUCUUCCUGCCUCGGCUGACCUUUUGACAUCUAAUUGAUGCCUGACUGACGGACUCACUAACCGUCCUAGACGCUCUACGUGAUGAGAGUCGACAAGGAACGGAGAAGGGCGAUCAGCCGCGAGGCCGCCAGGAAGAGGCGGCGAGUGGAGUCGGACGUGUUUGCGGAUUUAGUGCGCCUGCUGCCCCUCCGAGCCUCCGUCAGGGCUCACCUCGACAAGCCCACCGUUAUCCGCCUGGCUCUCUGCUACAUCCGACUUAAAACACUGCUCAAAGACGAGAUGUACGCGUCAAAGUUUUUCAUGAGAGGAGCCGACCUCCAUCAGAAUUUGAAGGACGAGAUGGAGGCCAUGGACGAGACCGAUGUCUACCUGAGGGUCCUGGAGGGAUUUGUCAUGGUGCUCUCCUCCGAGGGGGACAUGAUGUUCCUUUCCGACAACGUCGGCCGCUACCUGGGCCUCACACAGACUGACCUAAUGGGCCACAAUGUUUUUGAGUUUACGCACCCCUGUGACCACGAAGAAAUCAGAAGUAACCUCCGCCUUUCUGCAGAAGAGUUUUGGAGCGACGCAAAACGUGACUUUGUGGUGAGGAUUAAGAGCACGCUAACCCUCACAGGACGAAGCACCAACCUCAAGUCGGCCACGUGGAAGGUGUUGCAGUGCCAGGGCCGAGCGCUGACCCGCGCUGACCCCUUCCUGGCCUCCUGCCUGCUGCUCAUUUGUCGUCCUCUGCCCCUGUCUCACACGCUCCUCUGCUCUCGCACCUUCAGGAGCCAGCACAGCAUGGACAUGAGGUUCAUGCACUGCGACCACAGAGUGACGUCAAUUUUAGGGUACACGCCCCACGAGCUGGUGGGUCGCUCCAUCUACGAGCUUUGUCACACGCUGGACACAGUCUGUUUGAGCAAAUAUCACAUCAACUUGUACUCCAAGAGCCAGUCGGUGAGCGGUCGCUACAGGAUGCUGGCGAGGGGCGGCGGGUACGUGUGGGCGGAGAGCCACAGCGCCGUGCUACCAGGGCCCCGAGCGCCCAAGUCGAGAGCCGGGGCGCCGCGGCCCCUCUUGAUCCUCUGCGUCACCUACGUGCUAAGCAGCGUGGAGGAGCCCUUCCUGCAACUCUCCCUGGAACAAAAUAUAUAGCAUCGCUACGUGAGCUGCAGCUAAGGAAGUGACGCAGACCUUAAAACGGUCCGUUUCCCAGCGGAGUCCGUCAUUGCUGAUGCGGCAUUUCGACACGAAGUGCAACUGAAGAAAUGAUGCUCGCUGAAACGACGGAGCCCUUAAAACGGUCCGUUUCUCUACGCAGUCCGUCAUUGCGGUUUGCGGUCAUUUCAAUGCGCGGAGCAACUGAAGAACCGAUGCGCUCCCGAGACAAACCGGCCCUUAAAACGGUCCGUUUCUCUAUGGAGUCCGUCAUUGCAUUCUGCAGGCAUUUCAAUGUGGCGAUUUGGAGCAGGAUACUUUUUUAUUGGUUUCAUUUUGUUUAGGAAAUUCAGCAGUCUAUCGUUUUGGCUUGACGCAGUCGUUUUAGGGUCAUUUUUGGACAUUUUGAAAAGGUUUACUUAGCAACGUGUCGUUUGGUACCUGUAGCUAUCAUGAGUACACCCACAAAAAAGUCUCAAGAACCCCUGCCGUAAAACAAAGAGCAGGUCCGCCAUUUUAGUUUGAAAUGUACAUUUUAGGCUCCGUUUGGCCAUUUGCAGGCCUCCUUUUUAUCAGCCGUGUAAAACUAAAAGCCCAAAGCGAUUGUCGACGGUUUUGAUUGCGGUCGUCGGACCGCUACGGGCGAGAGUGACGAAAGUGACCCCUUUGACUUGUUCCUGACCUCGCGCUUUACUUCCUUUGGGGUUUCCUUCUGGGUCACCUGACACGUGGGGUGACAGCGAAGGCGUCAGACAUUGGCUACACGCACACGGGCGCGUGCGCACACACACACGUGGAGCGUGCGUAACGUGUGUCGAUGGGGAGAUGUGAGCAGACGCGAGGCGAAGCCGCAACAUCCUGAAGAGAGACGCUCGGUAGGAGAGUUCUCGUGGGAACCUUUUCAACUUUUUACCUCUUGGCCCUCACACACACACACACACACGCACGCACGCACGCACGCAGUUUCGAUUCAACUGAUUUUACGACGACGACUAGAAGACGUUCUCGGGUUCAGGAUGCGUGGUUUAAAUGCAGCUGAAUUGUAUUGAAUUUCAUUUUCUAAUUAAAAAAAAUAUUCGUCCAUAUUCUAUUGUUAACACUUAGCCUUGUAUGAUGUAUGUAUUUUAUUUGAUUUUUUUGUUUGAAUGUUGAAGGAAGCCAGAGUACCCAUUGUAACUCGUGCAAGCAGCCCGGAUUCGAACUACGAACCGCUGAACUGUGAGGCAAACAUGCUAACCACUAGGGAACCGUGCUGCCCUUAUUCAAAUGUAUUCAAAUAAAUA